AUGGCUCCUGGCCUCCUGAGACCCUGCUGCUGGCUGGGAUUUCUGGAAAGCUCUGCUAUCUCCUUCAGCCAAACUCUCCUCCCUGUGUGGCUGGAUAAUGAGACGCAUCAAAUCCUGAAUGGAGGCGUGUAUGUGGAUCAGAAUAAGUUCCUGUGUCACGCUGACACCGUCCACUGGCAGGACAUCAUCAAGAACCCACGUUCUGAACUUCUGGUCGUGCCCUCAAACAACAGUGGCAACACAUGCAGAAGGUGUCAUCGCUCAUGUAACGGCCGCUGUUGGGGCCCUCAGGAGGAUCAGUGCCAAAGCUUGACAAAGACGGUGUGUGCAGAGCAGUGUGAUGGACGCUGUUUUGGUCCGUACGUCAGUAACUGCUGUCACCGUGAAUGUGCAGGAGGCUGUUUCGGACCAAAAGACACAGACUGCUUCGCUUGUACCAACUUUAAUGAUAGCGGGGCCUGUGUGACACAAUGUCCUCAGCCAUUUGUCUACAAUCCAACAACCUUCCAGCUCGAGCACAAUCCCAAUGCCAAAUACACCUAUGGAGCUUUCUGUGUCAAGAAAUGCCCACAUAACUUUGUGGUGGAUCACAGCUCUUGUGUCAAAGCCUGUCCGAGCAACAAGAUGGAGGUGGAGGAAAAUCACAUCAAGAUGUGCAUCCCAUGCACUGACAUUUGUCCGAAAAUGUGUGAUGGUAUAGGUACCGGCAGUCUUCAAACGGCUCAAACUGUAGAUUCCAGCAACAUUGAGAUGUUUGUCAAUUGCACCAAGAUCAACGGCAACCUCAUCUUCCUCAUCACAGGCAUUAAAGGAGACAUGUAUCAUGGUAUCGGUGCUCUGGAUCCUGAGCGACUGAAUGUGUUCUGGACAGUCAGAGAGAUCACAGGUUACUUAAACAUCCAGUCUUGGCCAGAGAACAUGACUGAUCUUGGUGUCUUUUCCAACCUUGUCACCAUAGGAGGUAGAACACUUUAUAGUGGUAUUUCUCUGCUGAUCCUGAAGCAGCGCUGGAUCUCUUCGCUCAAGUUCCAGUCUCUGAAAGAGAUCAGCGCCGGUAACGUCUACAUGACCAACAACAGCCAGCUCUGCUUCUACAACACAGUGAACUGGACCAGUCUGUUCCGCACCAGCACCCAGAGAGUUCUGAUCAAGAACAACAGGGACCCCAGAGAGUGUACUCAGCAAAGGAUGGUGUGUGAUCCGUUGUGUUCAGUGGCAGGAUGCUGGGGUCCCGGUCCAGAUCAGUGUCUCUCUUGUAAAUACUUCAGCCGGGGAAAGACAUGUGUGAAAGCCUGUCAUCUCUAUGAUGGAGAUGUUCGCGAGUUUGCCAAUGGAUCAGUGUGUGUGGAGUGUGACAGCCAGUGUGAAAAGGCCGAAGAUAAAACUUUUACCUGUCAUGGCCCUGGUCCAGAUCACUGUGUGAAGUGCUUGCAUCUCAAAGAUGGACCCAACUGUGUGGAGAAAUGUCCUGAUGGUCUGCAGGGAGCAAACAGCUUCAUCUUCAAAUAUGCCGAGACCAACAACGAGUGCCAUCCCUGCCACCCCAACUGCACCCAGGGGUAGGUUUCUGCAUGCAUGUGUGUUUGUCUUUUCCUCCAGGCCAGCGCUACUCAACACACAAAGACUCCUCUGAUUGCAGCUGGGGUGAUUGGGGGGAUGUUUGUGGUCGUAAUUGUGGCCCUCGGAUUUGCUAUCUUUUUCCGACGGAAGAGCAUCAAGAAGAAAAGAGCUUUACGCCGUUUCCUGGAAACAGAGCUGGUGGAGCCUUUAACGCCAAGCGGCACAGCGCCCAACCAGGCACAGUUGCGUAUACUGAAAGAGACAGAGCUUAAGAGGGUCAAGAUCUUGGGAACAGGAGCCUUUGGCAUUGUUUACAAGGGAAUCUGGGUUCCAGAAGGAGAAACUGUGAAGAUUCCAGUGGCCAUAAAGAUACUCAAUGAAAGCACAGGACCAAAAGCCAAUGUGGAGUUUAUGGAUGAGGCACUGAUCAUGGCCAGCAUGGAGCAUCCUCAUCUAGUGAAUCAACUGAUGUAUUGGGUGACUAUCUGGGAGCUGAUGACGUUUGGAGGAAAGCCCUAUGAUGGGAUUCCCACACGUGAGAUUCCAGACAUCUUGGAGAAGGGCGAGCGUUUGCCCCAGCCACCCAUCUGCACCAUAGACGUCUACAUGGUGAUGGUCAAAUGCUGGAUGAUUGAUGCUGAUAGUCGGCCUCGGUUUAAAGAACUCGCUGCAGAGUUCAGCCGCAUGGCACGAGACCCUCAGAGAUACCUCGUCAUACAGGGGGACGAUCGCAUGAAGCUGCCCAGCCCCAACCACAGUAAGUUCUUCCAGAGUCUUCUAGAUGAGGAGGAGCUGGAUGACCUGAUGGAUGCUGAGGAGUACUUGGUUCCUCAUUCCUUAAAUGCUCCUCCCACUUCCCAUAUGCCCCACCCACAUGUAGAUUCAAAUCAAAACCAGUUUGAGUAUCAAGAUGGAAGCUUGUGCCCUGAAGAGGUGAUAGGAUCCCGACCCCAUGAGGCAGUUGCUACAGGAAGUGGCCCCUCUGUCCCGGCAGGUAUACAAAGAUCAGGUCUGGACCCAGCAGAUGAGCAGCACUGCAAUGGAAGCUUAAAGAAACAGCCCACAGUUCACUCAGUAGAGGACAGCAGUGGACAGCGUUACAGUGCAGACCCAACUGUCCUACUGGGAGAGAAAGGACAGAGGGAAGAUACAGAUGAGGAUGGUUAUAUGUCCCCUAUGAAGGACAAGAUCUCCACAAAUCAUCUGAACCCUGUUGAGGAGAAUCCUUUUGUAACAAGGCGUAAAAAUAAAGACAUUCAUGCGCUAGACAACUUGGGUUACCACAGCGCCCCUGAUGGGAAGCCCAAUUGUGAAGACGAGUAUAUCAACGAGCCCCUUUACCUCAACACAUUCAACAACCCCAGCGGCAUGAACCAGGAGAUGUUAAGGAAAAAUGGAGUCUCCAUCCCAUUGCAGAUGACCACAGCAGCCCACACUCAAAGCACACAUGUUCCCCACAUCACACAAUUGGGAAAACCCCAUCAUCACAGCCAUGGACCGCACGUUCAUUUCGCCAUACCGCCAGUUCAGCCGGUACACCCUGGACCGAUGAGCCAAAAUGAUCAAAAUGCCCAUUCAAUUCAGUUGGUUCAUGAUCAUGGCAGCAAAUCUGUUCCACCAGCAGGCCAGAUCUGUCUAGUGAGCUAUCAAGUCCAACCAGGGCACCCAAACAAAUCUAAUCAUUCUCCCCAACAGUUUCACUUGGCAAAGUCUGGUAAAGGUGGCACAAUGGGCCUACCGGGUCAUCCGGUGCAACCGGGCACCCAGAUUGGGACCGCAUUAGUGGACAAGAUGUACAAGAAUAGCUUUGACAAUCCUGAGUAUUGGCAGCAAAGCCUUCCGCCCAAGGUCACCCCUCAAAACUCCCAAGACUCUUCGGUGAUCUGCAAUAACAAGUUCCUUUACAAGCAGAAUGGCCACAUACAGCCUGCCGUGGCUGAAAACCCUGAAUAUCUGUCUGGUUUGAAGCCAGGAACAGUCCUGCCUCCUCCUCCAUACCGGCAGAGGAACACUGUGGUCUAACGUCCAGGUCUCCAUGCUCCGUAGAGCCUGGUUCUUCUACCAGCACCUUAAAUGUCUUUCCUUGACCCUCUGGUGGUCAAAAAUGGGACGAGAAAUAAUAUAAGCCACUGAACUGACAUUAUGUCACAUAAAAUAUGGCAUAAAAACCAUUGGGGAAAGCUCAAAGCAACCCAUCCAUCCACAAAGACCUCACCAGUUGUCCAGGAACUUUUUUUUUCUCCUCCACAGGUAUUUUAAAGUCUCUCAUAUGGGAUGGCACAUAAUCAGAUGUACUAACAUCAUUAAUUUAUUGAAAUUAGAUAUUAAGUACACUCUAAAAAAUAAAAAUUCCAAAGUUUCACAGCAAUGCCAUUGGACUUGGGUGUCCAGUUCUGCUCCUUGAGGGCCAAUAUCUUGCUGAGUUUAGCUCCAA